GCAACUUCUUUCCGACCACAUUCACCAACCCAUCAAUCUUGUAUAUACCAACCGUUCAGUCAUGUACUCAAAGUGAUAUUCUUGAGAGAUUCACUCCCAAUCCAGCAUUCAAUCUAUCAUACCCGUACCAUCAAACAACUCAACAGCAAUCUAAUAUCAAAGUAUCGGAGAAAUUGAGGCCCUCAUUCUAAUCAACCUUGUCAGCGCGAUUAAAAACACGCAAUUGCCGCCCGCAUCCUCAGCCCAGCCUACCGAUAUCUACCUACAAGUAAAAAAAGGUCAUCAAAUGUCAGCUUAGACGUCGAUGAGGUGACCAAUCUUUCACAAGAGCUCUGGUAUUGCGCCUGGAAGACACAUUACGUUCCAUUGCUUCUAUUGUUCCACGAUGCUCCCUGUCCGCAGACUGUCGAGGCGACAGGAUGGCCCGCCUAGCAAUGGUCUUUCAUCCACCACAGAACCUAAUAAUUCCUCUACAGAGACAACGGCCACUUCAUCCGGGCAGCCUCAAUCUGAUGCUAGUACUAGGCCAACUUAUAUUAUUGCAAUCACAAUAACUAUAGUUGGGCUUAUAGUGUUGCUCCUUGCACUUUACAUCAUACGUCGAACCCGUAUCAAGCACAAGAAUCCAAAAUACAUACCGACGGUAUUUUUGAAAAAGGCUUGGAAAGGUUGGGACCCAGAAGCUCAUCGAUAUCGUCUGCCAGACCAGAAUGAUCCCCAUGAAUACACAGGAGCCGCCGGCGUAUCUGGUGUCGGCAGAAGUUUAUCGAGUCGUCCACCUCCAUCGUUCAAUGCUGCCGCUCGAACCACCGUCGAAAAUGCCACAAACAACGACGCGACAGGAGUCGAUAGGAAUACUUCAGUCCGCUCGGUAAUGACGCUACCAGCUUACAAUAUGACACCGGGACAGAAUGAGCAGGUAUUGGGAAGAGAGGGUGACCGAGGGGGCAUUGACGUUGUGUUAGAAUUCCCAGAAACUAUCGACGAAGAAGAGUCACAGCGAGAGGCAGAGAUGGAGGCUUUAUACCAGGUUCGACUUGCGAGACGACGUGAGAACGAAGAACGAGAAGAGCGAAGACGAUUAAGGAGAGAGGCUAGAGAACGAGGCGAUCAUGUUGCAUUGAGAGAACUUCAAUCUCGACCUGCAAAUACCAGUACUGGACCAACCGUCGAAGAGCUCAGAGCAGAACAUGACAGAAUUAAGAAAGAACGUCAACGUGCUGUUUCAUCAGUCGCAUAUGGUGAUCUGGGGGUUGCGAGACAUGACGGUACACGAUUACGCGCAAAUAGCGAUGAGAGCGAACGACAAGGAUUACUUGGCGAUGCAGCAAGUAUGGCCGCGAGUAGUCGUUAUCAUCGGAGAGAUCGAAGCGCAAGUUCAGUGUUAAGUAUUGACACAGUGAACUCGGACUUACCUUCUCCGGGAUUUACCAGGUCUCGCGCUGAUUCCCGACCGGAUAGCCCGCUUCGUCGAUCUAUAGGCGCUGGGGACUCGAAUGAUAAUCAUGAAGAUAGGGCUGGAAGCAGUCCCGAGAUGAUAGAUCAUGAUGAUGUCCCAUUGAGCAGUCCUCCUGGAUAUGAAAAUGUAUCGUUAGACACACCACACGCGGAAGCUUCAGGUCUACCACAUCACAUGACGGAGCCCCCUCCUGAUUAUACCAGUCCAAUAUAUGGGAGAGGAGAGGGGCCAAGUUUAGAAAGCACGGGGUCUCGAAGAUCACAGAAUCUAGACGGAGUAAUGACGGAGAGAAGGACAAGCACCCACAGUACAAAUUCGGGCCUUUACCCUCGGGACGAGAGACGUACAUCUACAAGAUCAAGUCGAGGUGUUGGUGGCAUUCCGCAAUUACCCAGUUUACGAUUAGGAUCUCUGCCCUCUAUUCACGUCGAUCCAGGCAGCCCGAUGACAAUGGGAACUACAGAGGAGGAAGGUCAUAGCCCACAUAGCCAACCCCACUUCGGUUAAGCUCUUUGAAAAAACAGUCAAGAUCUUUGACACGAUUAAUGAAUCUUGAAUAAUCAGGUUGAGCCUUCGAAUUUUUGAUACACGUAUAAUCUUUUUCCAACGCAAAUUUUGCCUUUUCUGCAUCAAGCAAUCCCUACUUUUCUAUACCCGUUUUCGUAAUAAUUGUUAUAUACUUCUGAAUUUGAGCAUGGCGCUUUUGGGGGGGUGUUUGGAGCUGGAUACUUGCUUUAUUGAUCCAUCUCCAGCUUGAGCCUUUGUUUGGUGUUGAAUGCAAUUUAAUGCAAGACUUCUUGUAUAUAAAAGCAAGCAAGUGGCGAACAAGUGGAAUGGUGUGAACGGAGUAAUUUUAAUUGGAGUGGGGGAGUUUAUCAAUGGGCUGGAUUGGAAAUUUUUCCAGAUAUUGGAUAGGGUGGGAUCGAUGGGAAAGACGGAAGAGUAGGUAUGACUUGGUCACAGAUUACUAUACUCGGCUGUUGAAGAUUCACUCGAUCGGUUGGUUCUAGUGUCAAUAUAUAUAUGUUGUUGAUUCUUUGAUUGGGUUAUCUUUCCUAUCUCAUCUCUGUAUCGGUCAUAAUGUGACAUGGAUGUAUUUCAUGUUUUUAGAGAAGAUUCUUCCUAGAACAGAACGUGGCCGACUCAUGGGUAGAAAUUUAGCCCAGCAAUCUGUCUUAAAACGCGAUCAGCUGCGUUUCUCUUUUCGAUAUCCCGCACCUCUUUCUCUCCCCUCCGCAUCUCUCCAUUCUCACUCCUGUCAAUAACCAUGAGUUCCAUCUCCUUUGGAUUAGAUUGACGUCUUUGUGGAAGAGCGUCAUCCCUUCAAACAACUUUCUUCAUGUCUUCUUGAAUCUCGGUUCCAAUUCUUUCCCUCCCUCUUUCUCCCUUCCCUUCAUUUCACAUUCUCUUCUUUCUUCUUGAAGAAAAUUCCUUCUUAAUCUCUUCUCUUACUCAUCUUCUACUCCGCCUACAACUCUUCUUCCAUUCCUUUUCAUCUCCCUCUUGCCCUUCCUCUUUCUCUCGAACUAUUGUCCUCGAUCCCAAAGACCCCACCGACGACCUCGCUUUCUUAUUUGACGACGUUAUAAAUCUCAAUCGUCAAUCACGAGGAACUCACACUCUACCGACUAGCGAAGAAGGAUGGCAACCAUAAUUUCGCACGAGCUGCUCACUGCUGGAGAUAUUUAUUUAUCCAUUUACCCAAAAAUAUGUAUUAGUACAUUGAAUACUGCGUAAGAGAUAUCAGGUCACCAAGAGAUACACAGAUAGAAAUAGUCAAGAUGGUCUCUAUCUAC